CAGUUGAAGGGUCAGGACAGCUGACGAGUGGGCCGUCCCUGGGUUCAGCUGCUGAUAGCACACUGACUGUGCCUCUCAAUCCUCUUUCAAGGCUGGAAACUACAAUUCUGCUAUAAAAGAAGACCUUUUUUGUUGGAUCUGAAGCCCCCGAAAGGCUCCUCAAACUCGCCCUGCCAGGUACGAUGGCUCUGCCAAUAAACCCCAUGGACGAGCCGAGGAUGUACCAGCAGACGCUGCUGCAGGACGGUCUGUUCGAGCUGCUGGAGAACGACAAGCUGGUCGACUGCGUGCUGAAGAUCAAAGACAAGGAGUUUCCCUGCCACCGGCUGGUCCUGUGCGCCUGCAGCUCUUACUUCCGUUCCAUCUUUCUGUCCGACCUGGAGGAAAGCAAGAAGAGCGAGAUCGUCCUGGAGGAUGUGGAGCCUGGCGUCAUGGGGCUGAUCCUCAAGUACCUGUACACCUCCAAAAUCAACGUGACGGAGCAGAACGUCCAGGACAUCUUCGCAGUGGCCAAUGUGUACCAGAUCCCUUCAAUUUUUACUGUUUGUGUAUCUUUCCUACAGAAGCGCCUGAGUCUCAGCAACUGUCUGGCUAUCUUCAGGCUCGGCCUGAUGCUGGACUGUCCAAGGUUGGCCGUCUCCGCCCGAAACUUUGCCUGCGAGCGCUUUCAGCUCAUCUCCAGAGAUGAGGAGUUCUUCCAGCUGCUCCCCGGCGAGCUGGCGGCCAUUUUAGCAAACGACAAUCUGAACGUAGAGACGGAGGAGGCGGUGUUCGAGGCUCUGAUGAACUGGGUGUCCCGGGACAAUGAGGGCAGAGAGAAAGAUCUGCCAGGUUUGCUGGAUUGCGUUCGUCUGCGCCUGGUCAAGGAGGAUUACCUGGAGGAAAAAGUGGAGAAACACAAACUGAUCUCCUUGAACCCGGAGCUGCAGCAGAAACUGCAGCUGAUCAGGGACGCUCACGCAGGCAAAAUGCCAGAGGUUAAAAAAUGCAAAAAGGAGGACGCGGGGGCAGAGCAAGACGGGGAUGAUGAGAAUAAAGAGGAAGAGGAAGGUCUUCUACCAGGCAUCUUGAAUGACAAUCUGCGGUUUGGCAUGUUUGUCAGGAAUUUGAUACUGAUGGUGAACGAGGCAGGCGCUGUGGCCUACGACCCGACCGGGAACGACUGCUUCUUGGCAUCACUUUCCACACAGAUCCCCAAGAACCACACCAGCCUGGUCACCAAGGAGAACCAGAUCUUUGUGGCAGGAGGGUUAUUCUUCGAUGAACAAAACAAAGAAGAUCCACUGUGCUCUUAUUUCCUGCAGUAUGACCCCGCCACUGCCGAUUGGCUGGGGAUGCCUCCCCUGCCGUCUCCCCGCUUUCUGUUCGGGCUGGGUGAGGCGGAGAACUUCAUCUUUGUUUUGGGAGGGAGGGAACUGAAGGAGCAGGAGCACACGCUGGACUCCGUUUUGGUCUACGACAGACAAUCUUUUAAAUGGGGGGAAUCGGAGCAACUACCUUACCCGGUGUACGGACAUGCAACCAUAUCCCACAACGAUGUUGUGUAUGUGAUUGGAGGAAAGGGAGAAAACAAGAGCUGUCUGAAGAAGAUUUGCGCAUAUGACGCCAGGAAGUUUGAGUGGAAGGAGCUUGAACCCAUGAAGGUUGCACGUUCGUUAUUUGGAGCCACUGUUCACAAAGACAAAAUAUAUGUGGCGGCGGGAGUCACCGACACUGGGCUGACGGACUCUGUGGAGGUGUACGACAUCGCCACAAACAAGUGGUCGGACUUUGUAGCGUUCCCCCAGGAGCGCAGCUCUCUGAACCUGGUGUCUUUGGCUGGCCUGCUGUACGCUGUAGCAGGUUUUGCCAUGAUGCCUUUGGAGGACAGCGAAGAGAUUGUUCCCAGAGAAAUGAACGACAUCUGGAGGUUUGACGAGGCAGACAGGAAGUGGAAGGGGAUCCUCAAAGAGAUCCAGUACGCUUCAGGUGCCACUGUUCUGGGGGUCCGCCUCAACACCCUGCGUCUCACCAAGAUGUAAACCCCCCCCCCCCCCCCGGUCUGUGCACAGUGACAUCUCACGCUGAGACGUCGUGAGCUCACUGUGGUGUUUCGCAGUAAUGAUUAUGUAGCUAGUUGUACCUCUAGCUCAUGCAGCAUUUUUUCUUUUUGGAUUGAAGCCAUUUUUAUAUUUCUUUGAGUGAUUUUCAUCUGAUUGAAAUUGUAAAACUGAGAAACGAUCUGUAGACUGUUGACAUUUUUGCACUGUAAUGGAAUAAACUAAGUAUCUAACACCCAAAA